UUGGAUUUCUUGCUGAAAAAAUUCCCUAUUGAUUAAAACUUUGUUUCGGACCAUUCGACAUUGGUGGAACUGCAAUCAGCUGACCACUUGUCAGUUUGUUCAUUUGAAUUUCGUACGUCGUGUAUAAAACGGUAUUUGAGAUUGAUCAGGAAAUUAUAUCUUGAAAGGAACAAAUACUCAUUUUAAGGAAGGAAGAAGGAUUAUAUGUCGCUAUUAGUUUCUGUCAUUUAAAUUACAAAUUUAUCGAGCACGGACGUAACAUCAUGAGUAAUUUUACUGAUCUACCUCAAUUGUUAGACAUUUCUAGUAUCUCUGCAAUUUCCCAAUCCAGCAGCAGAUUCGUUGACAGAAUGGACAUGUCUCAAAGUCUGUUGGAAUAUAAUUUCAGUGCCAUAAAAAGUAGCAAUAAGCCUGCGACCGCUCAUGGAUUAAAUUCAGCGGAGACACUGAUGAAGUCUUUAACAUUAUGUGAAGAAAAUACGUGUGAAUAUAUGAAAGCUAAUAUUAUUUAUCAAUGUAUGAAGGAAGCAUGUUUGGAUCAUAAGAGUGUUCUGUCUAAAAAUGCGGUAACCAAGUUAAAGGCAUUGUUGUUGACUCAUGAACUCGACAAGUACAUGCAUCUUCCUUCAUCGCCGGAGCAUGCACAAGACAAUUUAACGCUUUUGGGGAUUAAUGAUUUGCCAUUGUCUGAUUUAAGUUUUGAUGAGAAGUUAGAAAUAAAAUGCUGUGUCGAAACAAUGCUUCGAGAGAAAAUACAUGAUAUGAUAUUAAGAUACGAAGCUAUAGGAGGAAAUGUCAAGGAAGCGUUGAAGAGUAAUGAAUAUAACAUGCGCUACAAAAUCCUGGAAUGUGAUACACGAAUAAUAGAAUGGAAGAGUAGAAUCGAAGAAGUAACUGUGGAAUACGAAAGUGCCUUGCAGAAAUACAUAAAUUUGAUGGAUAAAUGGAAUGAGCUAAAAUAUGAAGAUAUGAGUAAAGCUUACUUGGAGAAGUCGCAACAUCUGCUACUACAAGCACAAGUCGCCGAGUUGCAAGCGAAAAUGACAAAACUCUCUUGCAGGAUCAAGAUGUUUAACGAGACUCCAACUACUAUCAACGCCUUCAGACUGUUAAAUCAAGCGGUCGAAGAGAAAUUGAAGGCAGUCACAGAUGAGAUUCGCCAGAAAGAAGAUUUGAAAAAGCUCUAUGAGAACUUAAAAAAUACGGAAUACGAUGAGGUGCUAAAAAAUUACACGGAGCUUUGCAAAGCAAUAAAAAAGAAGGAACAAAUGUUGAAUAUGCUAAAAUAAUUUUACAAAUAAGGCAAAGUUUGAUA